AAAAAAUUAUGUAUGUGGUGUUUUUUUCAAAAAAGUUUUUGCAAAAAUUCAAAGUUCUCUAAAUACGAAAAAAAUGAAAACUAACAAGUGAAAACAGAAUUUAUUUUAAAUAAACAACAUUCCAAUUUAUAGUGAAAUUGAAGCAACAACAAAAAAAAGUAAAAAAGUCGAAAAUUUUAAUAAAGUUUAAAAUUGUGUGUUUUUUGCGAAAAUUUUUUUUGAAUUUAAAAAAGGAAUAAAAAAUAAUAAAAUAUUGUUCAACUAAUUAUUGACGUGUUAUGCUGAUGUUUUUAAAAUUUUAAUCAAAAUUUUCAACAUUUGCUGUGUGGGCCUUCGCGGGGGACCAUGCCGGUCAUUGCUGAUUCAGAUGAACCACCAGCAAAAUGUUGCAAAUAUUGUGAGGAGUCUACGCACGGCGUGGACGGGCCUGUAUCGUGGCGUUUAACGCUCGAUCAGGAUCUUAUCGACACGCUAAAAGGCAGUUUCCCCAGUUGGUUUCAACCACAGACAACCACCAAUUCUAAUAAUAAUAAUACUUCAUCAAUUACCACAACAGCUGUUGCUAAUAGUCACAACAACAAUCAUCAUUAUCAACACCUAAACAACACCCACAACAACAACAGCAACAAUCUAAGCAGCAAUAAUAUUACCACAUUUUUAACUACAGCUGCCGAUACAAAUAAUAAUCAUCAUACAACAACAACUUGUAACGGCAAUAGUAUAACAAUAACAACCACUCCCGGUCUACAAAACGGUAUAAAUUUAUUAAAUAAUACAAUUUGUGUUACACCUAUAACAAUCGAUACAACAACAGCUACAUAUUUGAACACACAACAACAACAACAACAACAACAACAGCAACAUAAUUUGUUAAGUACUAUUAAUAAAAGUAAUAACAACAGCAACAAUAAUACACUCCAUUUGCAUCAAUUAAACGGUGCUGCUGCCACUUCCCUACUCGCAACUGCAACAAACACCUGCAACAGCAUCAGCAACAACAACUCCUCAACAAUAUUGUCUACUAUUCCCCUAUCAGCAACAUCAUCGUGUUCAUCAUCCGCCUCGCCAGCCUCUAGUAUCACCUCAAAUUGUUCGGGCCACUCAAAUUCAACGAUCUCAUCAAACAAAUCCUCAACACAACAAACAACGCCCACAACAACAAGCUCGGUCAACGUUAACGGAAAAUUAACAGUAAAUUGUAAAACCCACAUAAAAAGCAAUAACUAUUUAAACUCAAACUCGCCUUCGUCCUCCUCCUCUUCAUCUUCGUCUUCUUCUUCCUCCUCCUCACCAUCAUCAUCGUGUUCUUCUUCGGCCUCUUCUAAGUCUUCAAAUUGUGACUUUCCCACUAAACCGUAUGUACAAGCACAUAAAAACCUUAACGGUCACCAAAAUACCAGCAACAGCAGCAAUUCAUUAUCAAACAAAGCAACAAUAUCAGCUUCGAAUCCUCUUGUUGGAGGCUUAAUAGGAGGAGCUGCAGGUGGAGGUGGUGUUGUUGGUUUGAAUAGCAUUCAUCAACCCAUAGCUUCAGUAGGUGCUACCACUAUUACACGAGUAAUUCCAAAAUCUCCAUCACUUCAUAGCUUAAGUGGUGGUUCAUUACUUGCAACAUUCUCAUCACCGGGUUCGGCAACAACAUUUGAAAUCAUUUCCGAUUCAUCGUGUAGCGGUCUGCUGACGUCGGCUCACCUGAGUGGGAAAAACGCAUUUGAGCAUUCAUUUCACGAUAUUAUAUUAUUACAGGAAGCCUACGACGAUAUGUCAGAGGGUGAACAACGUUUAAAUGCAUCAUUUCUGGGAGGUAGCAGUGAUGAUGGCACAAAUUCCGAUUUUUAUGAUCCUAGGCAAUCGCCACCAAAAGCAAUUGUUGAUUCCAGUCCUCUUCAGCCACAAAUGGAUAAAAAUAAAGAAUCGCUCAAAGUUAAAUUAAUGGUUAGAAGACCCCAUUCACAGCUUGUUGAACAAGGCAUUAUACCACGUAAGUAUUUUUUUAUACUCUUCAUUUGAAUUUACUUUUAUUUU